AUGGACAACAGCGACUCCGGGACUUUGCAGGUGUUCAUACAUUCAGGGCCGUCAGACGAGGAUCUGAUGUUCCACAGUAACAGCAGUGAGAGCCGCUGGGGCAAGUUCUCUCAGUCUGUAGAGACAUCCAAACCUUUCCAGCUGCUGAUCGAGGCAGAGACUAGCAGAGGAUUCAUUGCCAUUGAUGACAUUUUUCUCACACCAGGCCUCUGUCAAGUUAAUGAAACAGAUUUGGGGUUUGCGGGUUGCUCGUUUGAGAAUGGCACAUGUAACUGGGAGGACAUCAGUGUUGGCCAGUGUCGGUGGAUGAGAGGAAGGAACGUUACUGGGAAUACAGGACCACCCGUGGACCACACUCUGGGCACUAAUCUAGGUUGGUACAUGGCAGUGGAACCUAACCAGGGUGAUCAAAUGAGCCCUGCUACCCUCCAGAGUCCCCUUAUGAAACAGGCCAGCACCACCUGCAUACUGCACUUCUUCUACAACAUGUAUGGGGAGGAUGCAGAAGAGCUGAACGUGCUACUGAAGGAGGGAUCCAGGACCACCAGGCUGUGGUGGUUAUCUGGUAACCACGGAGAUUCAUGGCAACACGGUGAAGUAACGAUUGGCAGAAUACCUCAGGACUUCACCAUCCUGUUUGAGGCCUCCAGGACCUUCGAUAUACCCGGAUACAUCGCUAUUGAUGAUGUGGACUUCACCAACUGCAGCUUGCCUGAGCCACACCCUCAGUGUCCUGAGGGUGUGUUCACAUGCAACAACAGCGUGUGUGUGGACACCAACCAUGUCUGUGACUUCAGCGAUGAUUGUGGGGACUGGUCUGAUGAAAACAACUGUGAGCUACAAGGUGUGUUGGAGCGCUGCAGCUUCGAACACGGCCUGUGUUCCUGGGCAGCAAGCGAUGUGGACACACCCGGAGCUGAGUGGACAUAUCACAAAGGAGAGGACGCCUGGCCCCACCACGGACCUCACAGGGACCACACACAAAAUUCUGAUGCAGGUCACUACAUUAUACCUGGAACUCACCUGAGUGCAAGUGGCGAGACAUCAGAGAUUCUGUCCAAAACUUUAUUGCCCAGCUUUAAUUGCAAAGUGAGAUUCUUCUACUUCAGCCUGAAUGAUGCUUCAGGCCGACUGACUGCACAGUCCAGGACUCUACGGUCCGGUAGUGACGACAGAGUUUUAUGGACCAGGGAAGCAUCACAAAGCUACAGCUGGCAGAGAGCCGAGGUUACGUUGUCCUCCGCAACCAGCAGCAAGAUUGUCUUUAGGUAUGAGCUCGGCGACGGUCUCAGAGGUCUGGUUGCACUGGACGAUGUAUCUUUCUCCAGGGAUUGUGUAUUUGACCCCAACAACAGCGAGCUACCUGACCUGUCGUCAACCUCUGCCCCACCAUCAACCUCUAACACACCCACUUCUCCACACUUGACCUCUACUGCACCAAUAAACCCCUGUCAGGAUAAUGAGUUUUUUUGCUGGCAGUCACAGGGAAAAGUGUGUAUUCUGGCUACCUUACAAUGUGACUAUCAUCUAGACUGCCCGCAGGGGGAAGACGAAGCCGGCUGUGGUCCGUGCACAUUUGAGAAUGAUCAGUGCCGAUGGACUGAUGUUAGCGAUGGACAGAGCAAGUGGCAGAGGCAGGGAGCCAGUAACAACACUGAGCCACCCACUGAUCACACUGCAGACACAGGCUACUACAUGAGAGUUAAUUUCAGUAAGGGGUCUACACAGAGUGAAGCUCAACUCCAGAGUCCCCCGCUGUCUCCUUCGUCCCCCUACUGCCAGAUUCGGUUUCACUUCCACAUCAGUGCAGAGAGCGCUGGGUCACUCAGAGUGCUUAUGCAGCAAGCUGGAGGGAGUGAAGCAAUCUUGUGGUCACGUAGUCACAGCACCGUCUCUCAUUGGAGCCCGGAGCAUCUGCCUCUCGGCCUGCACCAGCAGCCUUAUAAGGUUUUGUUCAGUGGCAUGAAUAAUGCAGCUGCUUCUCAUGUUGUUGCUGUGGAUGAUAUCUCUUUCCUAAACUGUGAAAAAUCCUACCAACCUCCAGCUCUGGCGUCCUUUGGCUGUUCUUUUGAAGAUGGUCUGUGUGCUUGGGUUCAGGGGGCUGAGGAUCAGCUGGACUGGCUUAGCGGGGCAGGUCCCACUCAAACCUCUAACACCGGGCCUGCAGGAGACCACACCAGCAGCAAAGGGAAAUACCUUUACAUCGAGAGUUCCUCACCGAGCAUAAAGGGUGAUUCAGCCCAGCUGAAGUCUUCACUGCUUCCACCUGCUGGUGAAAAAGGAUACUGUUUUUCAUUUUGGUACCACAUGUUUGGAGCCACUGUGGGUUCCCUCAAGAUGUUCCUGCAAACAUCUGAUCCCUUAGAGAAAACUCUGGUGUGGCAAAAAUCAGGAAACCAAGGAGAUGAGUGGCUGCAGGUUCAGAGCCAUGUGAACCUGCAGAAAGUCCACCAGGUUGUUCUGGAGGCAGCAGUGGGGGGAGAGGCUGGAGACAUAGCCAUUGAUGACAUCUCCUUGAGUCCUGGAGCAUGUCCUGUUUCUGAUUUGUGUGACUUUGAGGAUGGGAGCUGUAACUGGGAGCAGCAAGCAGCCAGUGAUUCUGAGUGGAUCAGACAUCAGGGAUAUACUCACAACCCUUACACAGGACCGGAGAGCGAUCACACCACCAGCACACCUACGGGUCACUACUUCUACCUGCCUUCAUCGUCUACUGACCGAGCUGGCCAGAAAGCUGCAAUGUUUUCACCUCUGUACCCAGCGGACAAAGGAUCUUGCGUGCAGCUGUGGUACCACAUGUAUGGCAAAGGAAUGGGGACACUAAAUGUUUACCAGCAAAGUGAAGAUGGGAAGGAAGCUCUGAUUUUCUCUCAGACAGGAGACCAGGGCCUUCUGUGGAGGUUCGCUCGGGCUUCUCUUCUGCCUCGGCUUCAUCCUUACAGAAUUGUGGUGGAAGGUGUGAAGGCCGGCCCUACACAGGAGGGGGACAUGGCUAUUGAUGAUGUACAGCUGACUGAUAAUCAGUGUCCUCCUCGUGGAUUUUGUGACUUUGAGGACACAAUGUGUAGCUGGAGCAACCUGGGUGAAGGAGUCGACCAGGGAGACUGGCUCCAUGGCAGUGGUGGUUCCCCGAACCCACAUACAGGACCCAGUGUGGAUCACACUACUAAUUCCACACAAGGUCACUAUGUUUACGUGGACAGUUUUGUGGGUGAGUGGGGAGUCUCAUCCUUCCUGGUCAGUGAUGUUUUACAGCCCUCCACACGAGGGCACUGUCUCACAUUCUGGUACCACAUGUUUGGAAACCAUGUUGGGACUCUCCGUGUCUAUAUAAAUAACAGGAAAAUGCAGGCUGGUGGUGAUGAAGUGGGCCUAUUGAAGUGGACUGAAACAGGAAACAAGGGAGAAAAGUGGCAGAUGGCAAAUGUGUCUGUCACGCAUGAUGAAGCAUUUUGGUUUGUGUUUGUGUAUCAGCGAGGCAGGAUGGCAGGUGGGGAUGUUGCUCUUGAUGAUAUCACCAUCAUCCCAGGCAGCUGCUACACAGAGCCUUCCAUUGAUCACUCUGACAAUAAGGGUAUGAUUGUCGGCCUUGCAGUUGGGCUAAUUGUUCUUGCUGGGAUCAUCAUCUUCAUCGUCCUUGUUAUGCUGAACCAAAAUCAUAAUAAAAUGAAUCAGCAGCUAUUUGUGAACGAUGACGAUGCGAUUAACCAGAACUCAAUGUUUGACCUGUAUGACUGCAGAAUAGAUGGCACGCAACAUGGCACUGAAUCUGACUUCUCCUUCUUUAACAAGAUUUAUGAUCCAUCGCCGCAAGCAAGGGAGGCCACCACUUCAUCGACUGACGCUUAG